AUGGCCAACACCCGAGAACCAAAGCAGCCCAGCAGAAGGAUCAUAGCCACAGUGGCGACCUCGACCAUCCUGUACGCCGCGCCCAUAUGGGCCGAAGUUUUGAAGACCGCAACAUACAGUCGCACUGCGCAUCACAAGCAGCUUCUUCACGGGCACGGGCAGGUAAACUUCUACCUCACGCAGAUGAUCACUGGGCACGGAUACUUUAAAGAGUACCUGUACAUGCUUAAGCACGAGAAAAACCCCUGCUGCGACCACUGCAGCACAGCAAGCUUCGAAGACGCGGAGCGCGCAUUCUUCAUCUGCCCCCUAUACGCGAGGAACCGAGCCGAAGCUGAAUCAAGAGCCGAGCGUUUCCUGACAGUGGAUAACGUGAUUAACUGCAUGCUGGAAACCAGAGGAAUUGGGAUGCCAUAA